UUUGCUUUUUCUUCAAGAAGUCGAAAACUUUCGUCUCACCAGAAAAUUUCAUAAAUACAAUCUCCAAAUCCAAUCGGAACACCAACAAUCAACGACUCCACCAUUCUUUUUUUCUGAUCGGAUUUACGUUUUGGACAAGAAACAGAAAAUUUUCAGCUAUUGAAAGGACUCAGAUUUGUAAGGGAUGGAUUUCGAGCUCAGAAGGGCUAGAGAGAAGCUCGAGAAAGAGCAGAAGGAGAGGAAGGAGAUGGCUCGACGGAAAGUGGAAAGGGAAAGGAAAGCUAAAGAAGAAGCCAGAAAGCUUCGAGAAGCUAUUGAAGCGGCUCAAGUUUCAAGGCGACUCGAUGCUGCCGAGGCCCGAAUUAAGGCUGAUCAGCUAAUGGAGGAAACCUUGCUUGCGGGAAGAGGAAUUAGCUUUUACCGUAUUUUAGAGGCUAUACCUUAUCAGGGUAAUGGAGACAAGAUCAAGCUGUCCCCAUCUAGUUUCACAGAAUUGUCUGAUCAAGGUGCUUUUGAUAAGGGACCUGUGUACUUCCAACUGUCAGUAGUUCAUCAAGAAGGUCCUUCUAACUCGGAAGUUACUAAGGAAAAGACUCACAGAGCCACCCAUUCAGGUGUUUUGGAGUUUACUGCAGAUGAAGGUUUUGUUGAACUCCCUCCUCAUGUCUGGCAAAAUUUAUUUCUGGAUGAGUCUUUAACGAAGCCAUUAGUUGAAGUACGUUAUGUGUGGCUACCCAAAGGAACCUAUGCAAAACUGCAACCAGAAGGUUUAGGCUUUUUGGACUUGCCAAAUCACAAAGCUAUCCUUGAGACAAGUCUUCGUCAGCAUGCUACCCUUUCUCAAGGUGACAUACUGACUGUUGUCUAUGGGGAGCUUACGUACAAGUUAAAUGUUCUUGAGUUGAAACCAUCUUCUAGUAUAUCUGUUUUAGAAACAGAUAUUGAGGUUGAUAUCGUCGGUCCUGAUUCACCCUCUGGAGCAAUGGAUCAACGUGUUCUCAAGCUGCUAACUUUUAAGAAGCACGAGUCUGGAAUGGUAGAGGAAGGGUGUUAUUCAUAUUACAAGUUCUCUAUAGACAAUGAUAUAUGGGAUAUAAUUUCAUCUGGAAAUGCUAGAGUCGAGGUAAAGCUUGAAGUGGAGACUAAUGAAGGAGAUACAAACAUUUACAUUUCAAAGCAUCCUCUCAUAUUUCCUUCUCAGCAUCAGCAUUCGUGGUCUUCACAUGAUAUUGGUUCAAAGGUCCUAAUCCUCAACUCUAAAGACAAGAACUUCGGGCCUGGGACUUAUAGCAUUGGAGUGUAUGGAUUUAAGGGAACUUCGAAGUAUCAAAUCCAAGUGAGUUUUGAGGAGGCUACGAACCAUAAGGUAGUUGGUAAACAGGAAGUCUCUUCAUCAACAUCUACACACCAGGAUACUGUAGAAUGUCGGAAUUGUAAGCAUUACAUACCCAGUCGAACUAUAGCUUUGCACGAAGCUUAUUGCAGCAGACACAACAUCGUUUGCCAGCACGCUGACUGUGGUGUGGUCCUUAGAGUUGAAGAGGCAAGGAACCAUGUGCAUUGCGAGAAAUGUGGACAAGCUCUUCAGAAAAGCGAGAUGGAGAAGCAUGACAAAGUGUUCCAUGUACCACUCAAAUGUGCUUGUGGACUAGUCCUUGAGAAAGAAGAGAUGGUUCGACAUCAAGCAUCCGUUUGCCCACUACGGCUGAUAGCUUGUCAGUUUUGUGGAGACAUGGUUCAAGCGGGAAAUUCUGCUAUGGAUAUCCGAGAUAGAUUGAGAGGUCUGUCUGAGCAUGAAAGCAUUUGUGGGUCUAGGACAGCACCAUGUGAUUCAUGUGGACGUGCGGUGAUGUUGAAGGAGAUGGACAUCCAUCAAAUCGCUGUUCAUCAAAAGAGCUGAUUCCUGCUGCUAGGAGCUGUGUGAUAUUGAAGUGUUAUGGUUUAAUCUGAUUUCCAUUAUUAUUCUUUGUACACAUCAUCUACCAGCGAAGGGUUCCAUGAUUGUUAUUCAUGAAGUUGAUUCACAAUAGUGAUUGGAAUUUAAUGUACAGUAAUUCUUGAAACUUGGGAGGAUGAAAUUUGAAUGAUCAGAUGAAUCUGUGAUGUCCAUUGUUGUGUCUGGUAGCUGUAAAUUAUGAUAAAUGUAGGUUGAUGGUUAGCAAAAUUAUGGUAAAUACAAAGAACUUUGAAUUAGGUUGUAUUCAAUCUCAAAGAGACCAAAUUGUGAACCAUGAAAAGUAAAUCAGAUUUAUUAA